GGGACGCGGAGAGAGGCGCGCAGCGAAAGCCCGACUGACCGACGGCGAUGGUCUGAGCGCCCCUCGGCCACCCCCUCCCCCAAGACGCGACAGGGCCCUCCCCUCGCCUUGUGGACACACACGCAGCCUGGUCUCCUCCGCCUGCUCUGCGCUCCUGUCCACUUCGGUGCUCCUCCGUGGAGGCCAGCCCGGGGGAGGUGCGGCGCCCGCCAGCAUGAGUGGCUCCUUCGAUCGCAAACUCAGCAGCAUCCUCACAGAUAUCUCCAGCUCGCUUAGCUGCCAUGCGGGCUCCAAGGACUCGCCCACCCUGCCCGAGUCUUCGGUCACUGACUUGGGCUACUAUAGCGCUCCCCAGCACGACUACUACUCAGGCCAGCCUUACGGCCAGACGGUGAACCCCUACACUUACCACCACCAGUUCAAUCUCAAUGGGCUCGCGGGCACUGGCGCUUACUCGCCGAAGUCGGAAUAUACCUAUGGAGCCUCCUACCGGCAAUACGGAGCGUACCGAGAGCAGCCGCUGCCUGCCCAGGACCCAGUGUCGGUGAAAGAGGAGCCGGAAGCCGAGGUGCGCAUGGUGAACGGGAAGCCCAAGAAGGUCCGAAAGCCGCGCACCAUCUACUCCAGCUACCAGCUGGCCGCCCUGCAGCGCCGCUUCCAGAAGGCCCAGUACCUGGCACUGCCCGAGCGCGCCGAGCUGGCUGCACAACUGGGCCUCACGCAGACACAGGUGAAAAUUUGGUUCCAGAACCGUCGCUCCAAGUUCAAGAAGCUCUACAAGAACGGAGAAGUUCCCCUAGAGCACAGUCCCAACAACAGCGAUUCCAUGGCCUGCAAUUCGCCGCCGUCGCCAGCCCUCUGGGACACCUCUUCUCACUCCACUCCGGCCCCUGCCCGCAGCCAGCUACCCCCACCGCUCCCAUACAGUGCCUCCCCCAGCUACCUGGAUGACCCCACCAACUCCUGGUACCACGCACAGAACCUGAGUGGACCCCACUUACAGCAGCAGCCGCCUCAACCGGCCACCCUGCACCACGCCUCCCCCGGGCCCCCGCCCAACCCUGGGGCUGUGUACUGAACACCCAUCUGGCCUGCACCCCCCACGAAGGACCCCCGGGACCAGGCAGAAGGUGCCUCCGUCCUAGCCGACACUCAGGAAUCAUGGAGGAGCUAGGGGCAAAGCCCCCGUUCCCCCUGCCCCUUCCUCCAGGAACCAAGAGCUUCCAGAUGAAAUUUGCAUGGACCAAGGAUGUCCCCUGAACCUCCCUCCCCUGCUUAGAACUGGGACAUCCCUCCAGAUAUUGGGGCAAGCCACCCCAGGAGGGACCGUGGUUCCCCUUCUGCUCCAGGAGCCUGGAUUGGCUCUAAAUGGCUCAUCACCUUCCACCUUCUAAAACGUAACAGUACCUGUUCCCCAGGCUGGAGACCUUGGGCACGGAGAAGCUGGGAGGCCGGGUGCCAUGGAUCCUAACCCCUGCCAGACCUGGUUUCUCCUCAGCAACCUGUGCCCUCCCUCUCCUGCAAGGCCCUUCUGCCAAAAAGACAUUGGACAUCAUGACUGGGCCUCAGGAUGGGGACCUGACUUAGCCCCCACCCUGCACUUCUGGCCCUCAGUUAGGAUUUGAGGGUUAAACCAAAGAAACCCCCCAAGUGAGGGAAUCUUAAUAUCUGGGGCUCUCAAGGGAAGAAUUAAAGGAGCCAUCUCCCCACUCCAGUGUUGGCAGUGGGGGGGGGGUCUCCCCUGUUUUCCCUAAGGACCCAUUUCUUUUUCUGUGUACAGGACUUUGCACAACUUUGAUUUUAAAAGCUGUUGAAAAAUAGGAAAACAAAGGGCAUUGUUACCAGAUAGGACCAAAUCUCCCCUGGGGGGGGUGGGCAGCUCCAGUCUGCCCCGUCCCACCUCAUCUCUUCUCCUCCAGUAAGUUGGCAGUUUUGGCGCCAUACUCCAAAUCUCCAAGGAGACAUACCAGGCAAGACAAGCCCCCAAACGACCCCUUUCCGGUGGCCUUGGAAACAGAUUGCUCCCGCUGAGCUGGAGAAUGGAGGGUGAGGUGAGGUGUGUGGAGAGGAGAAGGGAAGGAGGAUAACUCAGUGCCUUAGGGGGGCGGGCUGGUUGCCACACCGCUGGCAGGACCACUGGGUCCCUGGAGGGCUGGUGGCACGACCUCUCCCUGCCCAGGCGUCCCCCCCAGAGCUAACUUUCUUCCACCCCUGAUGUGGUAAAACAUGGAGGAAACAGAGAGGUAAAAAAGACUGUAGCUAUAUAUAUAGUAUGUAUUUUUUUUAAGAGCAAGGGCCCCCUCCCGACUGGGGUUUCCUAUUUAUGUGGCGCUCUCCGAUCUCCCUGUGUUCCGGGUUGAGAGAAAGAGGGAUGUGGGCUCUGGCUGGAUGGGGUUUCGUGGGAGGACAGGAGCCCGGAGAGACAUGGUGGGCCUCCAAGCCCCGCCCCAGGGGGACAGGAAUGAAGCCAGCUCCCACCCCCUCCCAGCCUUCUCAUUUCUGCUUUCUUACUGGACCCAUCUUUAUAUAUAAUGUUAAUAAAAAAGAAGA